GUUUGAUUUUUUUUUUGAUGGCACGUUUUUUCUAGUUUUGUUGAUAAUUUGAUUAGAGGUAUUCAGCUGUCAAUAAGCCAUGGCGCAAUGUAACACGUGGGACAAACCGCACGGCGGCUGCGUGCAGACUUGCGAACGCAAAAACAACAUCAAGGCAGAGAGCACUGGCGUACGAGCAGCUUUCUUUUAUCCAGCCGGUGGCAUUUACAAGGGUUACUGGUUACGCAAUCAACAUCACCGUUAUGGCGUUAAGGAGUCACAAAAGCAUUUCAUCUAUGAUGGUCAGUGGUGUAACGGUAAACGUCACGGUUACGGUACAAUGCGCUAUCGUCUGCCGAAUGGCACAGCCGAACGCUUAUAUGUAGGCGAAUGGCGCGACGACAUGAAGUGGGGCGAGGGCAAGCAGUUUUUUCGAGACGGCGUCUACUAUGGUUGGUGGGAGCGGAAUCGACGUCAUGGACCGGGUGUCAUGUGGUACAACAAUGGCGCCAUUUACAUGGGCGAAUGGGAGGCGGACGUGAAGCACGGCAUUGGAGUCUAUUUUUAUCAAAAUGGCAAUCGUUAUGAGGGACACUUUGCGAGGGGAUUCAAAAAUGGUGAGGGCACCUACUACCAUAUGCAUACUGGUCAAAUACAGAAAGGCAUGUGGGAGAAUGAUGUGUGUAAGGCGUCAAUGGUCAUAGAUGAGUUCCGCAAUCAGGUUGACAAUCCAACGCCGUAUCCUAUACCAAAGCUCGGCCUGCAAGAUCCGGACAAAUUUGUAUGUCAGUUGUUCCAGCGCUAUAUUGCCAAUGCAUUCAAGCCAACAAAGUCUUUCAAUGAACUGAUUUGCCUUAAUUUUGCACAUAAAAUGAAGAGCUUCACCAGAUUCGAGCCGAGAACAAUACUAAAUUCAAAAUUCCGCUUCGAUGUCAAGCUUCCUUGCACAUGUAAGAAGGUUGAGCAACUGGUACAUCUGAACCUUUGAGACCAAAUUUUGAAAUUCA